CUCAUACCAAGUUGCUGAACAUAGGCGAGAAACAGAGUUGACAGCGACAACCAAAUCCACGAGAUCAGCACACAGAGAUAACAGUGUAUGUGAGACACACACACACACACACACACACACACAGCACAGGAGAGCAGACUGCGGGAGAGGAAGUAUUUGACACACUACCCACAGAAGUUCACACUCACACACUCAAUGCUUUAUCACUCUUUGACGUACACUAAGUCUCAGCAGACUAUAGGUAUCUCUCUCUUGGCCAGGUACAUACACCAACACGCAAACGCACACACACACGCUAAAGCUACUUCAUCAGACACAGCAGAGGCCGGCGGGACUCCUAUCCUCAACAUGGAAAACAAGGCUGAUGUCAAGGCCAUCAUGGCUCGUUUUCAGGCCAACACUGGGAGCGCUGAUGAGAGCUCCUCGCCGUCACCAAGACACAAAGCGCCCCUCAACCUCACCCUCUCAUCUGGUCCCGUCAUGCCAUCCAAAAAACCAGUCUUGGAGAGUUUCUCGGGCAGCACUUUAAAUCUACCGCCCAAACCCUCCUCCUACCUUAAAAACACAGUUUCUGCUAAAAGUGACACAGAGGUCCUCGGAGCAAACAAAACUAAAGCGCUGGCUAGCAAAUUUAGCAACACCCUGGAUGAUACCAUAAAUAAAGAGCCUUUAUUUGACAGAGGGCAGACACCUCUGAAGCCCCUGGAAGCAAAGUCUCCUGAAGUAAAGAGUCCCGUACUGAAGCCCACCCUCAAGCCUCCUUUCAGCACAACACUUUCUCAUCCCAAACCUCCUGGUCCUAAACCACCCCCGGCAGGAUCCAAGCCCAGCUGGGUGAAAGAAGAGUGCCCACCUCCCGACCCCACGCCUCCGAAAGUGCCUCCUUUGCACCGAAAACCCAACAGCAGCAUUGUCAAGUUAUGGCAGCAGAAUGAAACCAACACGGACAAACCUUCCCCUCCCACAAGCUUCAUGGCAGCCCAAGAGGCUUUCAACAAGGAGAAAGACAAGCCAGAGUCAGACCUCAGCAUGGAGGCGGACUCCAAACGGCCUCUUGGUGCCAAUCCCGCUGCCCCCCCUCCGAAACCCCCGGCCAGUAAAAAGCCCAGCUUGAGAAAUCCACCCAAUGCUUCUAUUCGGAACGGCAGCACUAAUGAUGGCUCCACUUCGGACCCAAAACGGAACCCACUCCCAAACAUGUUCACAUUGGGCCCUGCUCCUGCUAAGCCAAAACGACCCCCCAAAGUAGACCUGGACGACUUCAGACGAGCUGCCGGGAUCUUUACGGGAAAUACCAUUUACAACAAAACAUUGCCUCUGACUCCCUCAGCCGCUGGUAACCAUGGCAACAACACAAGCCGGCCUCAGCCGCCUCAAAGUGCACUUCCAAGUUUGCCUCCGCGACCUUUGGGAACCAUUGUGCACCAGGAAGAAUCCUAUGACGAUGUUGACGCCGUGAAUAUCAGCUCUCCUUCUCCUCCUCCUCUUCCUCCGACCACAGGUCAUCCAAGCCUACGGCCCAAGGAAGAACAAGACGAUGACAGUGGCGAUAUGUAUGAGCCUCUUGAUGAAACAUGGGACGAACAAGAGAAGAGGAAAGAGAAGGAGGAGAAACGACAACUUGAGGCCGAGAAGAAGGAGCAGAAGGGGCGAGAGAAGAAAGAACAAGAAGCUAGAAAGAAAUUCAAACUUGUCGGCCCUGUGGAGGUGAUCCACCGAGGCAAAGCUCGUGUGGACUACAAAGGCAGUAAGACAGAACUAGCGCUGAAGCGAGGCGACUGUCUGGACAUUGUUCGAGUUCAAGGCAACCCAGAGGGAAAAUGGUUGGGACGAAAACAGGAUGGAUCCAUUGGCUAUGUGAAGACCACCUCAGUGGAGAUUGACUUUAACACUCUGAAGAAUCAUCCAGCUCAGCAGAGCUCCAAGUAUGACGUCUACGAUGACGUGGACGUGGCCUCAUCAGACAGCAGUGGGAUCAGUGGACAAGGAGUGGUUUUACCACCUCCCCCAGAUGAGGACGAGGAACUAUAUAAUGAUGUCAUUGAUCCAGACUUGGAUGUGCGUCGCCGCCAGCCCAGGUCGUCUGUUAUAAAGCCGCUCGGCCUCCUGAAGAUGUUUGAGCGAAACAGACGUCCAGUCAGCGCUAAAGUACUUCCUCCACCCAGCCAGUUUACAGCUGAGGAAAAUCCAGUUGAUGAAGAGAUCUACUACGACGUUGACGCCCAAACCCAGCCUCCACCUCCACCCAUCAGCAGCAGAGUAAAGGUAGAAGAGACCGACCCAAAGAAGACGAAAAAGUUUGAGAAAGAAGAGAAAGACUUCAGGAAAAAGUUUAAAUAUGACGGCGAGAUCCAGGUGCUGUAUCAGGUGAGCAUCAGCCCCGCUCUGGGGAACAAAAAGUGGGGCGGCAAAGAACUGGCGGUCAAAGCCGGGGAGAAACUCGACGUGAUCGUCAAGCCUGCGGACAAGAAAAUGAUCUGUCGGAACGAGGAGGGCAAAUUUGGUUAUGUUUCAACCAGCCAUAUUUCCAUGGACGACGGCGAAAUUUAUGAUGAUAUCGGCGAUGAUUGCAUCUAUGACAAUGACUAAGGAACAACCUGCAUCUUGUGUGUGUGUGUGUGUAUAUAUAUAUAUAUAUAUAUA